AUGAAGCCGAUUUUGUAUUUCAUCGACAAGUCAUGGGCGCCUUCGCAGAACCGCGGGCGCAUCUGGAAGGAACGGCUGGUUCAAUUGGGCGCCACGGUCACCGAGUCUCCCGAGACGGCAACGCACGCUAUUGUCGGACGCACUCGCCAUGUGCCGGCCCCGAUUGCUGCUUUGACUCCGCACUUGCGCUUAGUGGGAGCCCCGGCCAUUAAUGAUGUCUUGCGCGAACGCUGUCUUGAUGCGCUUGAGCGAGAAGCCCACCACAUAGUAGUUGACGUGACCGGUGGGGUCCCGGCCAACUUUGCGCUCGAUGCUCCUGAGAGCAAGCCCCGUGCGGAUCCAGAUGCCAGCGGCUCUGACCGUGCCACGCCGGUGCCGGGCACUGAUGAACAACAGGAGGCCACACGCGUCAAACGCUCUCCUGCCUCCCACUCAAGCUCCCUCUCAGGUGCAGCGCCUCCUCUCAAACGCCGAAACGCGCUUGCCGCCGAAAUGCACGGAGGCCUUCAGGUGCCGCACGCUGCCACAGCCUCCAGCUCCUCGCUAGCCUACCGACGUGCUGCCAUGGCGCUGCGCGCGAUUCCGUUUGAGGUGCAAAGCCUGGACCAGCUGACCAAUCUCCCGCUUCUCAAUCGCGCAGCACAUGAGGCCGUACAGUGGGUGCUGGACCAUGGGACGUUGGCCGGCUUCCCGCGGCUCUAUCAUGAAAGCGAUCUCGAUGCGCUUCGGGACCUGCGUCGACUCUGGGGCGUUGGGGUGCGAUUGGCCUGGCAAUUUUUGCAGCACGGUUGGCGGUCUGCCGAGGCCGUGGUCAAGGCUGUUCACGAGGGUAAAUUGAAACCUGCCAACGCACAACUCGAAGCCUGCUGUCGUGACUGGACAGACUUGUGCUUGCCCAUUCCCCGAGAGCGCAUUGAUGCGCUGCGAGUCUGGAUACUAGGCCUCGUGCAAGCGGCAGACCCGGGUGCGCGGGUGACUGUCACGGGUGGUUACCGACGAGGGAAUUCAGAGUGUCACGAUGUAGACUUGAUCAUUGCCGCCAGUGCCAUGGCGCCCGGGGCUUUGCUGCAGCGCGUGCUAGCAGAUGUUCGCCAGGCAGGCUGCCUGGUGUACGCACAGGAUGGUGCCGGCCCAGCAGCCGCGGAGGCGCAUCAGAGCCUUCAGCGCAAGCUCUCUUCGCGUGCGCUGCCGCUGCAGCGCUCGCACUCUACUUUUGAUGACUUGCCCCGCGCGCUCUGCAUCAUCUGCGAACCCGAGACCAAGACCAAGCGCAGGGUCGACUUGGUGCUCUGUGCAGCCGCCCAGGAACCCUUUGCGGUCUUGGGUUGGACGGGGAACCGCAUGUAUAACAGGGAGAUACGCCGCUGGGCCGAUGCACACGGCUUUCAUCUCACGGCCGCCGGCUUGUGGGAUCUUGAGCAAGGCGGCGUCUUUGUACCUGCCGAAUCACCAACUGCCAUACAACGCCUGCUGGGCCUGCCCACUUUGUCCCCCGAACAACGACAUCAUUGA